AUGGUCACGGCAAUCCUGCCUACCAUGACCGCACCACUGCCUUCCCCACCACCUUCGCGCUCACCUACGAGAACUGGGAACGGACAUAUCGCGACGCCUUCGGUCUCCUCGGAGCUCACCAUCACACCCGCCCGCUACCGGUCACAGUCGCCCACCACGCCUCCCGCCACCACGGUGGCUCAAGCCUCACCGCGGAAGCCGGGAUCCGCUUCGACGAGCCAGUUAGCAGGAUUAGUAGGCGUGUUCACAGGCCUGGGUGCCCUUGUGGCACUAGGUGUAUUUCUCCCCCUUCCAGCGAGGUUUCAGAAGGGCGGCGUCGAACCUGCCGAUGCGAUCGCAAGGGCAUUCUACAUCGUCGGUGCCGUCGCCUUCGCAGUCGCGGUAUCCUGCUUCUUCGGUCUACGAGGUUUACCCGGCGAAGAGCGGAAGAGCUGGCGGAAUGCAAUCUCCACCCCGAAGAAGACCGACAGGGAUGCCGCUGUGAGGGAUACGAAAGAGGUAGUGCUCUCGUACCCAAAGCUGCUAAGUCAGGCACUGGUACUGGGCUUCAAGGAUAAGAACAUCGGUCUGGGAUAUCUAGGUGGUUUCGUGGCGCGAGCAAGCUCGGUCGCGAUAUCCCUCUUCAUCCCGCUCUUCACGAACGCCUACUUCAUCUCCACCGGCCGCUGCACGGCCGAUCCUGACGAAGAUAUGAAAAGCAGCUGCAGACGCGCCUACGCGAUCGCAGCAGCUCUAUCCGGGACGAGCCAGUUAGUCGCACUACUCUGCGCGCCCGUGUUCGGAUACUUGAGCGGAAGAUACAAGAAAGGCAAUCUCCCACUACUACUGGCCGCCGUGGCAGGCAUGGCGGGCUACAUAUCGUUCGGCCUCCUCAAAAGUCCAGACCCCGGCGACAAAGACGGCAGCCCGGGCGUCUUCUUCAUCGUGGCUCUCCUGGGCAUCAGCCAGAUCGGCGCUAUUGUCUGCAGUCUUGGCAUCCUGAGCCGCGGCAUCCAUGGUGAGAGUAGAGAAGAAGACAAGGACGUGAAUGGCUUGGCGCAGCAGCCGGUAAGAGCCAGAGACGGCGCUAUCGUCGCGGAUGGCGCGUCUGCUAGUGCUUCACCUUCGGCUGCCUCGGCUGCACUGAGAGAUCCGCUGGUUGAUCCUGCGCCUCCGCAGCCGACAGCGUCGGUUAUACAGAUCGAUGGCGCGGCAUCGGAAUACUCGCCGCUGCUACCAUCACAUCUGCGGCAGCCGCCGUUUGGCGCGCCGGAAGGCUCGAGCUCGCAUGCGCAUAUGAAGGGGAGUAUAGCAGGCAUGUACAGCCUGUCGGGCGGCAUAGGGAUCCUACUGUUGACGAAGGUGGGUGGGAUCAUGUUCGAUAGGGUGGAUGUCGGGAGCCCAUUCUUCUUGAUGGCAGGGUUCAAUGCCGUGCUGUUCCUCGCAGGCGUGGGAGUCGCUUUCUGGGAAGUGGUGAGGGGCCGUGCUGAGGAAGGAGUUUGA